AUGAGUAGAGACACCCCCUGGCUUAUUGCACUACCCGCUCAGAAUCACCGCAGUGCCCCGGAACAUUUCCAUACUGUAACGGACACUCUUCUCCACAGUCCGAACGUCACGUCAAGUCUAUUGUUUCGUGCAGAAAUACUUUACGACAGCCGUACUGACCAUUCUGCAUCAUGGGAUCAAUUGACAGGCUUCUCGAGCGACUUUGUUCCGCAUAUGAAGGCGGAACUACACCCUCGAGCUUUGAGAAGAGACAUUCCUGAUGGCUUAUGCCUGGCUGCCCUGAGCUGUCAAUUUGAAAACAAAUUCCCCCUUUCCUGGCAAUGGCAAAGAACAGUUAUUAGAAAGCUUAUUCCACGCAAUCCUGAGAGAGACAAAGCACUCGUACAAACAUGCUGGUAUUUUGACUCACGCUCAGAUCAUGGCGCAGAACUGUCUUCAUCGGACAGCAAGGGGGAGUCUGUGCCUGUUACGAAUCAGGUUGUGCGGCAUUUAGUCAUAUACAUACCUCACGUGGAUAAUGUCGACCAAGUACCAUUCUUUCAUCCAGCUAUACAGGGCCUCGCCAUGCUUUAUUCUUGGGUGCCGACUCCUGCGGAGCCGAACUUAUGCGAAGACAGCACGUCUCUCACAAGUGGAGGCGCUGGCGAUAUGCAAAUACUCUAUUCCUAUUUCACCGGCACUCAGCCUACUACACGGCUAUCUCGAACGGCAUUAAAUCUACAGGGAACCAUUGUAAAGCAUAUGGCUGGUCGUGCCGCUGGUUAUGUCAAACGUGUUCAUCAUGAUCAAGUCGUGCCCCAGAAGGACUUCCAAGACACGUAUACACGGCUGAAGUUGAAGUAUGCGAAAGAUCUCGUCAAAGACUGGGUAGAAAAGACGGACCCUGCAAAGCAUGUGUUUGAGGAUCUGGGCAUCGCAGCAUUCCUGAUCGAAUUAUGGAAGAGGAUGUACCAGAACGACGAACAAUUUCCGGGCUUCGUCGACAUCGGCUGUGGUAAUGGCCUUCUCGUGUAUUUGCUUCGAAGCGAAGGGUAUGAAGGAUGGGGCUUCGAUGUCAGGAAGAGGAAGACUUGGGACGCGUUACCCCAAGAAAUUGUUUCGGACAGUUUAAAAGAGAUGGUUUGCGUCCCAAAAAUACUACAGGAUGCAUGGAAGGCACCUGAAUCUCCAAGGUCAUCUCAGGAUUUCGCUCUCGAUUUCCAUGACGGCUCAUUUCCAGAGGGAACAUUCAUCGUGUCUAAUCAUGCUGACGAGCUUACCGCUUGGACGCCUUUGCUCGCAUCGAUGGCUGGCUGUCCUUUUGUAGCGAUACCGUGUUGUAGCCACGACUUUGGCGGGAAUAAAUUCCGGGCACCGACUGCCGGCUCGCUCAAAAGCACUGCAGCAGAAUUCGGAGCGAAAGACGACAAGACUGUUGAGCAGCCGCGGAGGGGCGUUGAGACUGGGGUUCUCACCAAACGGGAUACAAAGCAACCGUCUGCAUAUGCCGCUCUAUGUAUAUGGUUGGAACAAUUGACCGCGGCGGUAGGGUUUGUUGCAGAGAAAGAAAUGCUCCGCAUUCCGAGUACUCGCAAUACGGCCAUAUUAGGACGCAAAUGGUUAGCUCCACAGAAUACCUUGGACAUUCCAUCUAGUCGGUCAGAAAAGAUAGAGGAGCUGGUUCGAGAGAUCCUAGAGAAGCAAAUGUCAAGCGACAUCAACUCCAUCGCCACGGAUUGGAUUGAACGGGCAAAGAAGAUUGCCACCACUAAGAGCAGCGGCCACUGA